UGCUUUUUUGCACGCGCUUGAACGCAUUGGCCGUUCCUCUGUCAUGUCCAGAAACGGAAAUCCGCAAGUGAUCCAUGGGAGUUGACGAAUCCUUUUUGCCUCUCCCACCACCCGAGAUGAAGCAUUUAGCAAGGGGAUUGACUGGGGAUCCUCUCUUCUUUUGCAGAGACUUGAAAUAGAAGAAUUGAUUAGAAAUUCCUGGCUCGACGACUUACUACGCCAUCAUUAUCAUUUAUAUCAUGGCCCGGGAUGUCUCGCCGUCAUGCACUUUCCGACAGCCCCAGCAGCAGCUCAUUGUCGCACGCGAUGUUUUCCAAUAAUAUCCGAGAAAUAGACGAUUUUCAGGAUUGUGAGAACAUUGCAGGGCUCGAUUCGCCGGCAUUCAUGGCGGAUUUGCCCGCGGGCGACGAAGCGAAGGGAUCGGAUUUGCGCUGGUCCGCUCGACAGUUAACUCCAUGGAUGAGAAUUAGAAAAAUCUUUGCGCUGUUUUCUUCACGAGACAAGAGCUCGAAAUCUGACACUGAUGAUGCUCUUCCUCUGUUGUCGUCCUCUGAGUCCUCUGAGCGGUUGAUUGAACGUCCGCGGAGACGAGUCGGGAAAUUCAGAGUACUCCGCUGGUUUCUGUCCCUACUCGUGGGCAUCUUCGUCAUGCUGGGAAUCGUCCAAUUCGUAUCAAUCCUCUUUGGCCUCGCCUACUCGUUCUUCCCCGACGAAUUCGACCGCGCCGUCACCAACUGGCUAAAACCAGACCACAGCCUCAACACAGACGCACCCGGAUCGCGUUACCCAACAGACAUCUCGCGCAAUAUCAUCCCCGUUGGUUGCCACUCUCACAAUGACUACUGGCGCCGCGUCCCCCUCUUCUCGGCCCUAGAAGCAGGCUGCAUCGGCGUCGAAGCAGACGUCUGGUUCAUCGACCAAAACAACCACCAAGAUCUUUACGUCGGCCACACAUCCUCGUCACUCACUCCCGAGCGUACGCUGCGAAGCAUGUACGUCGAUCCCCUAGUGAAGAUCCUCGACCGGCAGAAUCCCAUCACUGGUUUCCAUGAGAGUGUCGAUCAGCCGCGGAAUGGGGUUUUUGAUACGGACCCCGGGCAGACGCUUAUUUUGCUUGUGGAUUUCAAGACAGACGGGGCGCUUACGUGGCCGCUUUUGGUUGAGGGGUUGGAGCCUUUGAGGGAACGGGGGUAUCUUGCUCAUUUUAAUGGGGAGGAGGUUGUUAAUGGGCCUGUUACUGUUGUUGGGACGGGGAAUGCACCAUUUCAUCUUGUGUGCGCGAAUUCGACCUAUCGAGAUAUUUUCUUCGAUGCUCCGCUCGACCUUCUGGCUGAGGAUGGCGCCACCACGGGCAGGAGAAUGGCAAGGCAAUCUGUCCAACACGGCAAUAAUCUUGGCCAGGGCCUCUCCGGUACACCAUCCGACAUCACGCCCGACACAUUCAACUACACAAACAGUUUCUACGCUUCCACAUCCUUCAAGGACACAAUCGGGUUCCCACGACCAUUCCACCUCACCGCGCAGCAGAUGGACUCCAUCCGGGCUCAGAUUCGUGGUACGCACCGUCGCGGGCUGAAGGUGCGGUAUUGGGGACUACCUAGUUGGCCUCGAGGCUUGAGGAAUCAUAUCUGGAGGGUUCUAGUUCAUGAGGGUGUGGAUAUUCUGAACGUUGAUGAUCUGCAGAGUGCUACAAAGAAGGAGUGGACGCCUAAAAUGGGUGACUGGUGGUGAUUGCUGGGUCUCGUUGCUUAGAUUUGGCUGUACAAAUUUGCUAGCUUUUUGUAAAUAGAUGGUAAAGAUAUGAUAAUAAUGCAUUGCUCAAUAGAGUCUGAUGCUAUGUUGAAACGACAUGGGUAUGAUGAGUUCCGUCACUCGUAGCUAGUUCCAUCUCCAUCCGGGAGAAUGGUUAAAAAGAAUAUUAGAAAAGACAAGAAAGAAGAAAAUCCUAGCCCAUCAAUCAUAAGCAAAUCAACGCCUCUUCCCCAAACUCCCUAACCACA